AUGGAACCCGUUCCCGAGACGGAGCGUAUGGAGGAGUUCCGUCCUUCGCCGCUGCCGACUCUACACCUCGGGGGCUCCCUCCACGACUCCUCUUCCGACCUCAACAUCAUGAAGAAGCCAGCUACCACUCGGCGCAGCACCGAUCCUAUACCUUCUAGCUACUCCUCGUCUAAUCCCUGGACGCCCUCGGCUAACUCCAUACCUUUUCGCCCACGCACCGCCUCUCCGCUCUCCAAUUCACAUACUCGCUCUUUUUCUGCCACGAGCAUAACCUCGGCUCCCUCCAUGUCCAGGGCACGUUCUCUACCCGGAGUCAAUGGUUCUGGUCACAUCCUCCUCUCGCCCCAGCUGCGUCCCACCAGCCCAGCUGAACCUAGCCGUCGGCGGACCCCCCGCAAACCCUCAGACGAGGCUUUCCCGCCCAUGUCUCCCGUGCGAACGACAGUCUUGGAACCAGACCGACCAUCGUCGGAACGAAGUAACUCGCCCAGUUUGAGAUCUUCUUCCACCUCCUCUACACGCUACCGCCGAACUUCUUCGCCCUUCCGAAACUUGUCACUCCCUAGUACAGGCUCCUACACGGCUCUUCCCACCACUCCUUCUUCCACCGCUUCCUCACCUUUGUACAGAGGCUACGACAGCUAUGGCGGGAAUCUGUCAUCUAUGCCAUCUACACCGACUUCUGCUAGAUCACGAAGCCCAAGCAUUUCAAGCUUGGAAACCAUUCCCGAUUCUCCAGACGCUGAAGAGGCAGCCCUCGAGGCCGAGCGCCAAGCGCAGUUGCAGGCAGCUGCCAACGAGGCUGCAGAAGGCAGCGACUCGUCAUCCGACUCCAAAGGACGAAGCAGCCUCGACUCGCCGACACGUGGUCGGACUCUGGCCUUUGGACCUCGCGACAAGCGCAAGCGAUGGAGCGUGUGCGGUGCCGAACGACGAAGUGACCUGGACCUCGAAACUAUUUGGGAAGAUUGA